AUGAAGUUAACACGAGCAAUCAAAAUAUCUAACGGCCUAAUUCGUGGAAAAUGGCUAUUACCUCGAACACUUCCACCUAUAAACAAUCGAGUUGUGGUUUCGACUCCUUAUGCAAGUUUUAAAAAGAUUCCGUAUGCUCAACCACCUUUGGGACGAUUAAGAUUCCAUGAUCCUGAGCCUAAGGAAAAUUGGGAUGGUGUUCUUGACGCAUAUGAUGAUGAUACGGCAAUUAUGAAUCGUGACCAAGAAGAUUGUUUAUACCUAAACGUCUAUACACCAAAGCUUCCAAAUGAACAAGGAGAGGUUGUGGGAUCUCCAUUGCCAGUUUUGGCGUAUAUAAACAGUCCUGCACUGGGUGAAGAAGGUAAUAGAGGACCUGAUCUAGGACCUGACUUUUUAAUCCAACAUAAUAUAGUAGUCGUGACAAUGUCAUCAAGAAAUGGGGCAGCAGGAUUUUUAACGACGGCUGAUUAUCAUGCUCCCGGCAACUUUGGACUUAAGGACCAACUUAUGGUUCUACAAUGGAUCAGAGAAAAUAUUCAAAAAUUCUGUGGAGAUCCUGAUCAUGUUACGUUAGCCGGAUCUGGACUUGGUGCUGCUUUUGUACAUCUUCACAUGUUAUCUUUGCGAUCAAGAGGAAUGUUCCACGGCGCUAUAUUGCAAAGUGGUUGCGCACUAGCACCAUGGGCAAUGAAAUCUCUUCAUGAUGUGCGAACUGCGACGUUUGAACUAGGACGACAAAUUGGAAUGGAAACUACCAAUUCUGAAUCUCUUUUACUCAAAUUACGAUCGGUCGAUUAUGAAACACUCGAGGGCACAGCUAGUAAAAUGACCACAUUAGGCUUGAUUCCAAGCUUCACUCCAGUCGUUGAAGCAGUUCAGUCGCAUCCAGCACCCAUGCUAAGAGAAAACCCAAGCUAUGCUAUCCAAGAAGGUCACUUUAGUAAAGUUCCUGUUGUUAUUGGUUGCAAUAAUAAAGAAGGACUUAUGUUAGCACCUAUGAUUGCCAGGCAACCUGAUAUGAUACCAUUAAUUUAUGAUCUGAUGUUGAACGAAGUAGUGAUGAAAGUUCUAAACGCCCGCACUGUAGAUUUGGAAGCCAUUAAAAUGGAUGUAAACAAAUUUUAUUUCCAUGAUCGCGAACCUGGGUUAUCUUCCUUCCCUGAAUUAAUAAACUUUUUCUCUGAUGCUUGUUUCGUGUUCUCUAUACUAAAAUCAGCGAUUAUGCAGCGUUCUCUGCAAGAUGUUUAUUUCUAUGAAUUUAGUUUUUCCGGUGAAUACAAUUUCAAAGGAAGAGAAGUAAAUGAUGUCCUUGCGAAUGCCUUGAAUUUAUCCAUAGCAGGUGCUUCCCAUGGAGAUGAGUUACCGUAUUUAUUCAACAGUCUGGCUGGUGACGAAGAAUAUCCUUCAACCCCACCACAAUCACCAGAAAGAUUAACCUUGCAAAGGAUUGCUGCCAUGUGGGCGGCUUUCAUAAAAACUGGUAAUCCCACCCAUGCUGAAGACAACAAUAUUUUAAGACUAAGGGAAUUGUGGUCUCCAACAACGAAGAAAUGUUCUGCCAUGUCUUAUCUCGACAUUGGAAAUGAUCUGACUAUGAAACGCAACUGUUUACCUCAGAUCGUUAGGAUGGAGUUUUGGCUUAGGCUGCAAGAUAAAUAUAGCCGAGAAGGGCGCGUUCUACCUAUGCCUUAUGCUCAUGCUUUCAACAAGCCGGAGCAAGAAGAAAAGGUCCGAAAAUUUGGGCACAGAAACACCGGCUAUAGGGCCUAA